AUGCUGUACCGGUUCUCCAGAGAACUGAUGAGACCUGCCAGCCUGUUCUUGCCCUUGCUGUUCGCGGCCUUCAUGCCCACAAAAGGCUUCAGUGUGAGGGGGCUGCAGAGGCUGCGGCUGCAGAGCGAUGGAGCUGCUGUCCUUGGCCUCUCCAACCUGCAGGCACCUGUAUUCUGCAGUUCACAUACUCUGACCCCGGGUCAGGGUCAGCUGGAGCUGCCCUCCCACUGUCUGGUGUUGUUACUGAGGAAAGAAAAUGCAGUGCACCACAGUGUUAGUCUGUCAGCAGCCCUAAUGAGAGAACUUAAGGCAGAAAAGCUUCUGGGUUGCCUCCCCCCCAGACCUGACGGUGUUCACCCAGUAGAGCCCAGCUUCUGCUUCCACACUGCGCCUUACAGCAGCAACCAGUUCCAUAUCUUUGCUCGGUGUAUGUGGGCAGUGCCAGAUCCUUCCGGUGUGAUCCUGUCCCAUCAGAAGUGUCCACGCAACUCAGACACAGAGCAGUGGGCGAUUUUGACCUUGUGUGGGAAGGACAUGAGCCAAGGCCUGAGCCUCCUACACAGAGUGCUGACAGGAGGGCCAGAAGGCGAUGUCCGACAUGCAGGAUUCGAGCUGCUCGGCCUGAAGUGGCUGCCUGCGUUGACUCGACUUCAGGCUCAGGAACUGAGUCCAUACGAGGUGGGAGAGCAUCUCUGCCACGACAGCCUGGAGAGUCUGAUGUUCUCUCCCGCCCUCGUGUGUGCUCUGAGACGGGCGGAUGCUUUGGCUUCCCUGAGGAAUCUCCUAGCACACGAUUACCCCGGGAGCCUCGGCAUCCUGAUGUCACCGACACCUGAAGUGGCUUUCAGACAGGCCUCCCUUUUCUUCUUCGAGCAUGAGAUGAUCGCUGACCGCAGCGCACACUCACUUCUGAAGUUUCCUGCCCAUGUUAUUACUAAAGAUCCACAGAUGCUGCUCACUGUGGGCCUCCUCAAGCCAAGAACCUGGACUCACACUCUGGCCAAAGCCGUCCACCAACUGCAGCUGAGUGGCCUCACGUUGGUGGGCCUGCGUGUCCAAAGCACAGCGACCUCACUGCUGCCUGCAGCAAGUGAUCCCUCAGACUGGGAGGCUCACGUGGAGGCCACGUGCUCCAGCUCCUCACUGGCUCUCUGCCUCCAGGGGGAGCAUGCUGUGAGGAGGCUGCUGGAUGUGGCUCAUUCAUACAGUGGCCUCUCUGGUCAGUGA